AUGGUGGCGUUAGCAGACUUGCAUGACGACAGAGUGGUGCAGCAGCAUGCAGGGGCUUUCCAGUCUCUCGCCCUGCUCAAGGUCAUGACGGCCCUGAGCACCAAUGAGGAUGCGGUUCAGCCAACACACAGAACUGCUGCGGAUUAUGUCAAGGCAGAGAUGCAACGACUAAAGAGGUUCAACUCGGCGUUUGAGGAGCUUCAAGAGAGGCAGAGGCACUGGGCGAUCCCUGACGAUGGGCUGAGGCGGAAGAUUCGGGCUAAGUGGGCCACGAGCAUCAAGGAGCGAUACAGAAAGAUGCUGCUGCCAUACUGGGAUGACUUGACAUCAUGCAAGUUCUAUGCGUUUACACCAGAAAGAGUAGAAGAAAUCAUUCAGCACACUUUCUUCAUGGACCCUUCUGAAUGA